AGCAUCACCGCCUGGUGGCUGCCUCACCAUUGACCUUCUCUCUGCCCCGCCCAUAGUGACGGCGAGGUUUGCAACAACUUCGCUUGAAUUGCUCGCUCGUCCCUUGGUCCCACUCCCUCCACUCAGCAGCACUCUUAUCUACACAUCACUGGUUGUUCCUGCCUCCUGGCCCCACGGUACUACCUACACAGCGUCCCCGCUCAACCUCACCCCGCCUCAACUGCUCCGCCUCCCAACCCAGGCUGUCUUCGCGUCACUCUCUGGCGAGACGCACUUCUUUUCCCUCAUGACUUCAAUCUUCCGCAUCGUCCUCCGGGACGCAAAGCGGUACGACACGUACGAGACCCGUGAGUUCGACCUGGCACUCGACACCGAGUUCCCCAUCGGUCGAGCGUCCAGCAACGCGGCCAAGCGAGAACUCAUGGCGGCACCGCACAACGCAUUCAUCGACAGCCCCGUCAUCUCACGCCAGCACGCUGUCCUCUCCGCCAACGCCAGCAGCGGCGAUCCGGAAGUCUACAUCACCGACAAGGGCUCCAUGCAUGGUACCAUGUUGAAUAGUCAGAGGCUGCCUGCCAACACACCCACCAAGCUGAACGACGGCGAUGUUCUGCAAUUCGGCACUGACGUUAACCGCAAUGAGGGUACGUCCUCCCGUAGGCCCUCCAAACCCCCUCUUGCCCAAGCUCCUGAGCUGACACCGGCCCACACAGAGUUCUUCGUAGCCCGCACCUACACGUUCGAAUCUCAGCUCUCGCGUCCUUUCUCUCUUGGCUUUACCGUCCCCGAUGCCGAGAGCGAUGAAGAGGAAGUCGCGGAGCGUCGAGGCAGCCAGAUCGAUCCCUUCGUCAUCGACGACGACUCCGACGCAGCUGAUGACCAGUCGGAGGCCGACGACCAAGAAGAGGUUACCAUGAUCAUGGAUCAGGUCUUGCACCCAAAUGAGCAUGGUCACACUCUCAGUGUUGUCCAGGACGACUACCCAACGUCUGCAAUGCGCACCACUCUUUCCAACGACGACUACAACCAAGAGAGCUUCACCUCACGCCGUGAUGAUUCUCUCGAGCCAGCCAGUCCAAACCCUUCUAGCGAUGAAGAAGACGUGAAGCCACUUGGCUCUGAUUCAGACAGCGAGGCUGGCAGCAUCGAUAGUUCCGAAAUGUUGUCUGACUCCGAGCCAGAGAUUCAGGAUUCAGAAGACGAUGAAAUGGAAGAGAGCGGCCAUAAGAAACCUACCACAUCUUCAUCCAACAAGGAGAACGAGGCGUCUGUCGAUAGCCAGGUACCCCAGACCGUCCAAUGCUUCCCGCGCGAUACCAGUACGCUUUCGCUCUCGGACGUGUACAUGCCACAGGACGCAGCCAACACACAGGCGUCGCUACCACGCAUGUACAUGUUCGGUAUGCAGGGCUCUGACAGCAACUCCAUGUCGAACAGUAACGUCUACGGAGAUAACGCGCCUCCGCCUCUACCGCCACGUCCCUCGGCGUCUAGGGCAGCACCAUGGUGCGAUUCAACCUAUCGCUCGUUUAGGGAUGUGAACGAUCUUCAAGAAUGGUAUCCUGAGGGCAUUCCGCAGCCAAACUACUUGGGCACCAACUUUGGCGACCGACCGUCCCUGUUCAGUCCGGCUCCUCUUCCCCCAUUGUCAGAGGCGAAUGAGGCUCGUGCUCCCUCGUCCCACUUCAAUACUUAUCCUAGCCAACCCAUGCAAGCGAGCCGUCUGCAGACACCGCCACCAUAUUUUGUACCCGACUUCGAGACCUCCCCGCCGGUGCAGCCAGGUCGCCGUACCAAGGUAUCUAUCGAGGAGAUCGUCGAAGAGCAGCCGCCCACGCCUGAAUCUGUGAAGGAUCUGAAGCGCAAGGCAGAUGUGCUUGAGGCAGACGAGCCAGACGCCGUUCUCGACGAAGCAUCAAAGGCCGUCAUUGGUGAUGAGCAUGCAACCUCAAACUCGGUAGCUGCAGUUCCAGUGGAUGAUGCUGCUGCAAUCCAGACGGCUGCCGUUAUUGCCCAGCGUCCCAAGAAGACUCCCCGAUCAGUCCUUAGCAAGGUUCUCAACAAGGCUGCCUAUCCUUUGCUUGGUGCUACCGGUGCCGUAGUCUCCUUUGCUCUUCUUUCCACCCUUCCGGAUGCCUUCUUUGUGUAGGCCAUGAUGGACCUGAUGGCAACAGUUCAUCAUUCUUCUUUUUCGGAGUUUAGGGUAAGGCAAGGUGUACAUGGCGGGGCGGUUCUGGGAUCAUGACAUCGGUGGGAGCAUCUACGGGUAACGGCAAUCAGUGCUAACGGCGUUUUGAGAAACGUCAGAAGAGUCGGGUCCUGCGUUAUGGGUGGUAUGUGCUUCGGGAUCCACUGGCGUUAUGUGUCUUUUGCCUCAUGUCACGCCAUCGUGCAUGACCAUAUUACCUUUAGUUUGAUGACGAGUUAUGUGCAAUGAACUGCUUACCUGAUGCUACUGCGUGUGUUAUCUACGUGAUGUGAGAUGUUAGAUUAGGUUUACGCGAAGCUUGAAAUUCUUCGGGACGCUAAACCUCAAGCGGUUCGUGUUGAAGAGCUCCAC